GUUACGUGUAGAGUUGAAAACUUACCUGCGGAUCUGUGCGCACCGGAGGAGGGGCGUUUUGCGACGAAGAAGCAAAAUGACACGACUAUGAGAACUCAAAGAGAAUCAGCCCGAGGGCCCGGGGAAGAAGGUGUGCGUUUCCUCUUGGAGAUAGAGGAGCCUUCGACCCAAAUCCCAACCGUUUCCUCAAAUAGAGGUAUGACCCGGGUUCAAUCCUCUAACAGAGCUAUAGUCCGGGUCCCUUCCUCCUUUGGCAACUUUGAGCAGUUGUUCCAUGACGUGGAGGAGUUCCCAUAUCCACUUCCGCCAUCUUACGAACGACGAGAUUCCUACAAAGGGUUUUACUCAGACGAUUCGCCGGAAUCUCCCAACGAGCAACCUGGGUACAAGCGACAGGAUUCGAGUCACAUGAGGAUGAGCCAAAGUUCGCUGCGCACGCUUGUCAGGGAAAGCUGGGAGAACACCAGAAGUUUCUCUUCAUUCCAGAGACGUUUAGCCCCAAAUCUCAACGACAAAUACUGCAUGAGGUUGAACAUCCACGCAACCAUCUUCAUGUUCAUGUAUGUCGUGUAUGGCGCUACGUUGUUAACAAUGGCUACGUUCACUUGGAACCGCACGGAGGGCGUCGACGACAUGGUGGGAGCCUACCUCAUAGUCACCGGUGUCCUUAGUGUUUUCAUCUUCCCUAUCACGAUCAUGGAGUGGAGCCCUCGUAUAGGAGGAUGUCUGGACGAAGAAUCCGCAGUGGGCAAACCCUAUUACUUUUCAGUCGCCCUAUUCCUGCGAUUGUGCGCAUGCGUGGCCGGUACGUUGUGUGUUUACUACCGUUACCCAGAUUAUCACGGCCCAAGCGCCAAGGCCGGGUUUGAGGCACACAAGUACGAGUUUCUGGCUGUUGGCGUGUCUGUGUGCAUAGACUGGUUUGUGCUUUUCAUCACCAUCGUUCUGCCCACGGGAUGCUAUAUCUGCUGUUAUUGCUGCGCCAGAACGAGACUAUGCAAACCCAGGAGCAAAAUUCAGAUGCAAGACAAACUGAAAAUCAUCAACGACUCCUGACGACAACAGCUGAAUUGUCACCCGCUCGUAUUUGGUAUUGAAGUUAACUCUGGACGACGUUGUUUUGUUACGAAUAUCAUUCUAUUUUUGUACGUUUUUUCUGAUCGUUAGGGCAUAUUCCAUGAUAUGUAAGAGUCACGUGGAAAUAUUUCCGUGUAACUGUGAUAUACUGUGAUGAACAAUGACAAGUUCCGGUCUUGCUGUUAUAGUGCAUGAGGAUAACCGUACAAUGGCUGGUUUGCACAGUGUAUGAGGAUACCCGUGCCAUGCGUGGCCUCUACAGUGUGUCAGGACAACCACACAAUGGUUGGUUUGCACAGUGCCCGGGGAUAACGAGUGGUUUCUACAGUGUAUGAGAAUAACCGUAUCAUGGGUGGCUUCUGUAGUUUAUGAGGAUAACCGCUCCAUUGGUGGCUCAUGAAGUGUAUGAGGAUAACAGUACCAUGGAUGGUUCCUACAAUGUAUGAGGAUAACCGUGCCAUGGGUGGUUCAUGAAGUGUAUGAGGAUAACCAUGCCAUGGGUAGUUCAUGAAAUGCAUGAGGAUAAGCGUGUCAUGGAUGGUUCCUACACUGUAUGAGGAUAACCCAACCAUGGGUGGUUCCUGUAGUGUAGUGGGACAACGAUACCAUUGGUGGUUCCUGAAAUAUUUGAGGUUAACCGUACCAUGGGUGGUUCCUAUAGUGUAUGAAGAUAACGGCACCAUGGGUGGUUUCCGUAGUAUAUGAGGACAACCGUACCAUCGGUGGUUCUUGUAGUGUUUGAAGAUAACCGUAACGUGGGUUGUUCCUUUAGUGUAUGAGGAUUAGCAUAUAUUAGAGUGCUACAGAGCGAUAUGUGUAUAACUGUAGAGCGCAAUAUAUCAGUACAGUUUGAUGCGACUUGUACCGCGAAGUGAUAAUGUACUGUAUGACGAUAACCGUACACUAUUAGAAUACAGUUGUACCACUUCGUAUGACUAUAGCGAUAACUGUACCCCGACGUGGAGGAUAUACAUACAGUGCUGUGGUGUAGUGCAACCGCAUCCGUGUUACUGUCACAAGAAAACUGUAAUAUAUGCGUCUGCUGUACUAUACGCGGAUAAGUCUACAGUGUGGUUUCACUGUGGCAACUAUAUAAAGAUAACCAAACGAUGACCAAUGAAUCGUUUUUUUUUUCUUUAUGAUCACAUACCGUAUUGUGAGGUGCUAAAGAACUUAUCGGGAUAACCGCAUAUUAAAAUGUGUAUUA